AUGGUAUGGGGUCAGCCUCUGUGGCUCCUGCCACGCCGCGGAUUUCCGCGGGGUGCUGCCGGCCAGAGGUGGCGGAGGCUGAGACCUGCAGCGAUGCACCUCUGCAUGCUGAUGCGUACGAUGCCUCUUGACUUGGGAGCCUCCAUUUUGACCUUGGGUCACUCCCACACCUGCGUUAUCAAGGAUGGACAGCUGGAGCUGUUCGGCCUAUUCAAAGUCUUUGCGAAGCAGAGCGAUCUUCCAGCAGACCUGGGCACGGUUCGUGCAGCAUCCGCUUCCUUUCAUCAUAUCUGUGCCAUUCGCAGCGACGGGCAGCUGACUUGUUUUGGAAAGUACGACUUGGGCCAGUGCGACGUGCCAGAGGACCUGGGAGCAGUUCUAGAAGUUGCCGUCGGCUACGCCCACACCUGCGCUCUGAGGGCAGACAGGCAGGUGGUCUGUUUCGGAUACAACGUACAGGGCUCGUGCGAGGUGCCCUCCGACCUGGGUGAAGCUCAGAGCAUUUGUGCUGGCACUUUUCAUACAUGUGUCACUACAGUUGAGGGUGAGCUGGUGUGCUUCGGUGACAAUGAGCACGGGCAGUGUGACGUACUAAGUCUGGGGCGGCCCAUUCUGGGAGCGUCGGCUGGCGGUGCACAUACAUGUGUCGUGACUGCAGCUGGACAGCUGCUGUGUUUCGGAAGCAACAGAUUUGGUCAAUGCGAUGUGCCAAACGACCUCGGGUCGGUCCUGUCUGUGGCUGCAGGUGACUCCCACACCUGUGCUAUCAAAACAACUGGAGAGCUCGUUUGCUUUGGCAAGAACGACGAUGGCCGGUGCGAUGUGCCAAGUGACCUAGGAGCAGUUUUCUCAGUUUCGGCCGGGUACUCUCACACCUGUGCAAUACGAACCGAUGGUCAGCUGUCCUGCUUUGGAGACAAUCAGUGCGGCCAGUGUGACGUGCCACCUAACUUUGGAACCCUUCUUGUCAAGUAG